AAGGCAAAGACAAUGCGGGUUGCAAAAACAUUCCCUUCAGCCAGAAAGGCCUAACCCUGCAAUCUGUACCUGGCUUUCUCCCCCUUCCCCGUAAAAACAGAAAGGAAAUGGAGAACAAGAAAAACAGCAGCCGAACCAAAACCGCCUCCUCCUGACCCCAUUCCUGAGCCCCAUCCCUCAAAUUCAAUCCCCAAAUUCCCCACCUGCUUUUCUCCUCUAAUUGCUUUGUACCUAAUCCCUGCUUUAGUAGUCCACUCAUAAUAAUAACUUAAAAGGCGUCUCAGGUAGUAAGUUGCUCCACACAUGCAUAUGGAGACGGCAUCUCUAUCCCUGUCUUCUUCCUCUGUGGAAGCUCUCUCUACCCGUGCUUCUCUCCCUCACAAUCACAAUAAUAAGCUGUUUUCAGACCAUACCCCCUCUCCUUCGUCUUUCCCUUUUUUUUAUCCAGUUCGGUCAAGAACAACCACCGACAACAAGAUUAUUGCUGCUGCUGCUGUACCUGGAUCUUCCCAAAUUAACUCUUGUUUUCUCACUACAACCUCCUCCUCCUUCUUCUCUUCUUCUGCUUCUGGGCGGAGUCCUUGUCUGCCCGCUCUCGCUCGUAAACCUUCCCGUCAGGAUCAGGGCCACCACGAAGAAGAUGCUUCUUUGGGGAAUCCCAACGCCUUCCACUUACUCCCGCACGACUCUCUUUCUCCUCCUCUUCCUCUUCCUCCUCAGGGCAAUUCAGAACACCAAGAAACCAGUGAAGAAAAUUUGGAUACGACAUCGCAUGUCAUGACUCCUCUUGUGGCCUCACAUGGAAGCAACACAGGAGGAGGUACAAGGGCUGGACUUUUUCGAACUCCAAUAUCUGGGGGAGUACAAAGUGCCACCUCAGCUCAUGGCUUGCCUAGACCAGCUUUGGCAGUCCGUAAUCUUAUGGAACAGGCUAGGUUUGCUCACUUAUGCACUGUGAUGUCGCGGAUGCACCAUCGGCGUGAAGGUUAUCCAUUUGGCUCUCUCGUAGAUUUUGCACCAGAUUCAACGGGACACCCUAUAUUUUCAUUUUCUCCACUGGCCAUACACACACGAAAUUUGUUAGCUGAACCCAGAUGCACUCUGGUUGUGCAGAUUCCCGGAUGGAGUAGCCUAUCAAACGCAAGGGUAACAAUCUUUGGAGAUGUUUACCCUCUCCCUGAAGACCAGCAGGAAUGGGCUCAUAAACAGUACAUAGCAAAGCAUCAACAAGGACCAUCACAACAGUGGGGAAACUUCUACUACUUUAGGAUGGAAACUAUAAGUGACAUAUAUUUUAUUGGGGGCUUUGGUACUGUUGCUUGGGUUGAUGUCAAAGAGUACGAGGCUCUUCAGCCUGAUAAGAUUGCUGUUGAUGGGGGUGAACAAAAUUUGAAGGAACUGAAUGCAAUAUUUUCAAAGCCCUUGAAAGAGCUGUUGUCUCAAGAAGUUGAAGUGGAUGAUGCUGCUCUCAUAUCAAUUGAUAGCAAGGGGACUGAUAUCCGUGUCCGUCAGGGAGCACAGUUCAACAUACAAAGGAUAUCUUUUGAAGAGGGGCAUUCAGCUGAAACGCUGGAAGAAGCCAAGGCAGCCCUCUGGAAGUUGAUAAAUAAAGGUCGUCUGUACAACUUACAAAAAUAAAAAUGUGUUUUUUUUUUUUUUUUUUUUGUGGAAGGACUCGUGUGAGCUUCUUAAGACUGUAUGUAAUAUUAUUAGCUUAGCCGGAAUAACAGAUGAGGUGUGACGGUCCACAUUUUUUGGGAUAAAGAUUGUGAUGUGUUCGUACGGGAA